AUGGGACAGCUCACACCUUUCGGGUUUUUCAAGGAUCAGUGGACCACAGUUCCCCCAGUCGUGAAGGUCGAUUUGACAGGGAAGACAGCCAUUGUUACCGGUGCCAACUCCGGAAUAGGCCUCGAGACAGCGAAGCAUCUCGCGCGUAUGAACCCAGGGAGACUCAUUAUAACUUGCAGAAGUAAAGAAAAGGGAGAAGAAGCAGCGAAACAAAUUAUGCAAGCGACGGGUUAUACGGCCAUUGAAGCGUGGAUUCUUGACUUGGUCGAUUUUUCUUCUGUGAAAGCAUUUGCAGAGCGCUACGAUCAGGAAGGUGGCCGCUUGGAUAUUGUCAUACAAAAUGCCGCAGUUGCAUACCCUGGGGAAGAGCAAUACACGGAGGAUGGAUGGGAAUUAUCCACGAAAGUCAACAACUUAUCAACUUCUCUGUUGACCCUUUUGCUACUUCCUCGAAUGCUUGACACGGCACAGAGAUAUAACACCACACCGAGAAUAGUGAUUGCUGCCAGCGAAACACACUUCUGGGUCGAACUUGACAAGGACGUUAUCAACUCGCCCAACUUUUUCAGAACCUACGCACAUAAAGAAAUUUCUACUCCGUGCGCAUUUGUCGCCAACGAGCGAUAUCGCGGUACAAAGCUCCUAAACAUCUUGUUUGCUAGGGCCCUCAACGACAGACUCCAUCGCAAACCUAUCAUCGUAAAUGCACCUAAUCCCGGCUUUUGCGCCUCGGGUAUUUUACGAAAUUAUAACACUUUGCCUCUGCGCAUAAGGACCUGGUUUAUGGAGCUUCUUCUCGCACGAACCCCCGAACAGGGCAGCCGUCAGUUCGUCUGGGCAGCAAUUGGUGGAGAAGAGAAAAAGGACGAACUUCGCGGAACUUAUAUAUCUCUAGCUCAGGUGUCUGAACCCAGCGAUUAUAUUCUCAGCGAAGAAGGAAAAUUUGCUCAAGACAAGAUUUGGGCGGAUCUUAUUGCUGAAUUGACGAGGAUCGACACAAGAAUUCAGAAUAUUGCGCAGGAUUGCCUUACAAUUCCAGCACCUGUCGUUUAA